AUGCCUCCUCCGACGGUCCCUUAUGACGGAUUCAACCUCGAGCAGACCAUCGCCAUCUGGGGUCAACUAGACCGGAUGCAGGCCCAGUUUGCGGCGGAUCUUGGAGACGCGCAAGAAGAGAUCAACACGUUGACCACGCAGCGCCAGGAAACUCACGACCUGGCGCAACAACAAGCGGCAACGAUCGCACGUCUGCAAGGUCAGUUGGCUGCCUACCAGGCCAUACAGCAUGCACAGCCUGGGCCGGCUGCAAUCGAGAAGAAGAUCGUCGGGGUAAAGGACCCCGGUGAUUUUGACGGAGAACCAGGCAACUUUGCUCCCUGGAGGAGCAGAAUGGGGCUUUGGCUAUACGCUAACGCCUCCGCGCUACCAACCAACUUUGACAAGUCCUCCGCAAUUCUCACACGGAUGAAGGGGAAGAUCCCAGCCAAGUGGGCGCAAUACCACAUUGACUUGUACAAGGGUGGAUCUGAACCUUGGCCCACCGAAGACGAGAUGCUCAAACUCAUCUCGGAAGCAUUCCUUCCAAGCUCCACCAAGGACUGGGAAAGGAAGAAGCUGUUGGGCCUCCGUAUGGGAGAAAGAAGAGUGGAGGAGUGGCUGGCCGAGUUCUUCAUCCUGAAGGAACAAGGCAAGGUGGAAGACGGUCACGCAAUCGACUUGCUCAUCAAGAAUAUGAGCAACCCCAUUCGGGAAGAGCUGUACCGGGUGGGGGGUCAACACGAGAAGGAUCUCAAGAAGGUGUACGCUGCGGUACGCAUCAUUGGAAUCCGGAUUGAGGAGUACAACAUCGCGAUCGGGAAGAGGAGGGUCAACUACGAGCCAAAGCCGUUAACCUCGACGCCAAAUUAUCGGGCACCCCCGUACAUGGGUGAACCAAUGGACAUCGGGGCCGCACAGGCAGUGCAAAGUAAUGGCCCUAAAGGAGGGUGUUUCACCUGCCAAGGCCCGCAUUUCGCGCGGGACUGUCCGCAGAGGAAGGGAGGAGGUCAGCCACAGGGGCAGCAGCAGCAACGUGGAAGUUGCCCACAGGGCGCCACGGGUUACCAAGCCCAUGCGUUAUACGACCCAUAUACGGGUCAAAAGAUUGAGCAGCCUCAGACAGCAGAGGCACAACAAGGGAGCAGUGCUACCCCGUUACGGUGGCAAGCCGCGACCAAGGACAUGGACUUCGAGGCCGCUAGGGCCUAUUUCAGGGACUAUGAAUCUUUAAACGGAUAA